CUAACUUUCAUUUUAGUUUUAAAGAGGAACAUCGUUCGUGAUUGGAGAGCUGUGAUCCUGUUCUGGAAUCUGAAAAUAACAGAAGAACGCAGGAAACAAACCCUCUAUGUGCAGCUGUAUUGAAAUCAGCAAUCUGUGGGUGGAAGAUGACCCAGAGUUAUUCAGUAACAGUGUGUCCUCUCAGAACCCUUUAACAGCCCUUUCCUGUCAGAUUUGAGGGCAUCAUAGGAAUACACAGGAGUGUAACACGUGAUCUGCAGCACAAUGACAGCAGCAUAUCCUAAAAAUAACUGUGAAGGUGGAACGCGUCAGACCACAAGGUGCAGCAAUCCAUUCAACAACAUCAAGGUUUUUGUCAUCUGCCAUGGACUUCUCCAGUUCUCCCAACUUCUUCUGUCCGGCUACCUGAAAAGCUCCAUCUCAACCAUUGAGAAACGGUUUGGAUUAUCGAGCCAAACCUCAGGCAUUCUCGCUUCUUUUAAUGAGAUCGGGAAUACAGUACUGAUUGUGUUUGUCAGUUAUUUUGGAAGUCGAGUUCACAGGCCCCGAUUUAUUGGCUGCGGUGCGUUGAUUGUCUGCGCUUCUGGUUUCAUGAUGUGUUUGCCUCACUUCAUAAUGGGACCCUAUGAAUAUGACAAAUCUGUUGCCAAUGUUUACAACAAUUUUACUGAUAUUUGUACCCCCAGCAGAGAAAACCAUUCCCUAAGUAAUUACCAGUGCUUGACAAAUGUCAAAAAAGAUAUUGGAAACGUCCUCUCCUUACUCUUCAUGGGCCAGAUUCUUUUGGGCGUAGGCGGGGUCCCAAUCCAACCAUUUGGAAUUUCGUACAUUGAUGAUUUCGCCAGCAAAAGAAAUUCUCCUCUCUACAUAGGGAUCCUGUUUGCGGUGACUUUAUUUGGUCCCAGCGUUGCAUUCAUUCUAGGAUCUGCCAUGCUGCGUUAUUACGUUGACAUUGAUAAGAUUUCUGCUGAUGAGAUCCUUCUGACCCCAAAAGAUCCACGUUGGAUUGGAGCUUGGUGGCUUGGCUUCAUAGUAGCUGCUAGCAUUGUGGCAAUAUCAUCUAUACCAUAUUUUUUCUUUCCAAAAGAAAUGUCAAAAGAGGUCUCAGGUGAGAAAGUAGAAAAUACAGAUCAAAUUCUGAUCAAAGAGCCUGGUGAAAAAACAGAACCGAAUGAAUGUCAGCAGACUUUAUCACAGUUCAUCAAAGUGUUUCCCAGAGUUUUGUUCAGGACUGUGAAGAAUCCAGUCUACAUUCUGGUGGUUUUGGCUCAGGCAAAUCUAUCACUUGUGGCAUGUAGCCUGGCAACAUUCCUGGCCAAAUUCCUCGAACGGCAAUUCUCUAUCACCGCUUCCUUGGCCAAUCUGAUGCUAGGAGCAGUAAACAUUCCUGGAGCGAUGGCUGGAGUUAUCUUGGGUGGUGUUAUCAUGAAGAGGUUCCAGUUGAGCCUCAAGCAGUGUGGUACCAUGUGUAUCAUUGGCGUGGUGUUGUGUAUUUUCUUUUCUUUUCCUUUAAUUUUUCUUGGAUGCUCAACACAGAAAUUUGCUAGUCCACAUGUUGAAAAUCUAGGAAGCUCGGAUAUAUGGCAGAAUGUUACAGCCUGUAGCACCAGAUGCAAAUGUGUGGAUACCGCCUUUAACCCAAUUUGCGGCGCAGAUGGAAUAGAAUACAUCUCCCCGUGCUAUGCCGGUUGUGAAAGAGUGGAUUUUGAAUACAAAGAAAAUCAAGUUCUGAAUUACUCAGAAUGCAGCUGUAUUACAUCACCCGGAAUAAGCAAAUCAGCUACUCCAGGCUCCUGUGGAACUCGGUGUUACCAUCUCUUCCUGCCAUUUAUGGUACUGUCCUUCCUGGGAAUUACGCUAGUCAGUAUAUCGCAGACUCCAUCUUUCAUGCUUGCCCUCAGGAACGUAAACCCAGCAGACAAAUCUCUGGCCAUUGGAAUUCAGUUUAUGCUGCUGAGAAUACUUGCAUGGCUGCCUGGUCCCGUGAUGCUUGGUAGCGUGAUUGACAGCACAUGCAUUGUCUGGGGAAAGAAAUGUGGAGCAAAAGCGUCCUGCCAGUAUUACAACACUGAUCUUCUUAGACAGAGAUUUAUAGGGAUACAGAUUUGCUUUAAAAUCGGAGCCUUGAUAUUAUUUAUUGCCGUUUACUGUUUGUUACGCAUUAAAGACAAGAAGAAAAUGGAUGAACAUGCCUCAACGAAAAGAUUGGAAGAACACACGUUGAAUGAAAAGUCCCCCAUCUGAGAAUUUUAAUUCAUAUAUUGACAGUGGGGAAAAAAGAGCAAAUUGGAAUUCAGAUGUAUGCUGUCAACACAGCUGGGUUUCUUUAAAUAUAAUGAUACUCAAGGCACAAACGCAAACUUGAAAAAAAUCUGAAUUUCCACACUACCCUACUUAAUUAGCGAAUGUCAAGUCAACGAGUCAAAAUUUUGAUAAAGGGAUCAGCAAGGAGUGAAAUAUAACAUUCUGAAACUCGGAGGGAAUGGAAUAGUUUAUAGUUUAACCUGUUUGCCAAUUAUGUUCCCCCAAAAACUAUUCAAUAUUUAGAAAAUCAUCUCAAGAAGUUUAUGAGGAGUUAAGGAUUACUUUUCUAGACUGCAAGACUGAUUAAAUAAUUCACAAAUGUCUCUUAUAACCUUAAAAACAUGAUACCAUUAUCCACGUGUACUAAGAUUUAAAUAGACAACAAUACAAGUAAACAUUGCACCAUGAUGCAGAGUUUACAGAAAUGGCCGUUUAUUGGCUCUAGCUGGUUUAUCUCAGCUGUAACACGUUCAUCUCAUGCACAAUAAUUGGAACCUACACCUACAUCCGUGAUAUAUGAGAAAAGCUGGAGUGAGUCCGUUAUUUCUUUUACUUUAUUUCAGCUCCUAUAAUCUGGCGAUGUGGGAAUAUAUUGGAAGUGUAGGUCACAAAAAAUACAGGCGCCCACUCUUUGCUUCCAACGACCACACUGGAAAUUCUGAAAACUUCUGGUGUCUUCAUGACUGCACUACGGGUCCACGAUGAAUAAUAUCAAUCCACUAGUCAUGGAUAAACAACGGAAUCUGUGAAUAUUGGCUUUAAUGGUUUACUUUCAAGAACUGAGUUUGGAUAUCACUUGACAUUUAAUAAUUAUUUGAGGACAUAUUUUGUCAGACGCCUGUUAUUUGAUUUUGGAGCCUAGAAAAAUCGCACUGCCUGAAAUGUUCUAGCAUUAAAUGCAAUCGGUCUUAGAACUUUUAAGUUAAAGCAGCUCUGUUUACAGUCUGGCUCUGUUUAAAGUUUUGCUGUAAAUUCUUUUCUUGUCCUGCUAUUGCUCUUUGUUUUUUUUUGUUUUGUUUUUUAAUUCAGGGGCUACUCUUUCUUAUGGGCAAAGCGAAAUGUUGGCAGUAGGCUUAGCUAAAACAAAUUUCCAAAUUAGUUGCUAAAUUAGUUUACCCACAACUCAUCAUUUAAAAUAAUCACACAUAACAAAAUUGCUCGCAGGUGUUCAGAUCCAGUGCGAGGAAGAAAAUAAAAUGAAUAUAAAUAAAAAUGGCAAAGAGUCGGGAAUAAUCAUGAAAAUACAAUGGGCGUACGGAGUGGGAAAUCAUAUAUGUUUUUUUUUAUUAUGAAUUUUUCAUGGUCACAAUUCACAUAUAAUGACAAGGGAUCAUUUUUACAAUGACAUUGAGACGCUUUCAUCACAUCUAGUUAAAGUAAAAAUGUACAAUAAAUACCUUCAAAACCACAGCUGGACAAAUACUUCCAAGCAAAGGCUUCAGGCACUCACUUUGUUCAAAGGUGAGGCAGGUUUAUUGGACCAUCACGUACACAGCUGAUGGAAUGGUGACUAACAGGUUUAUUCUCUAAAAUGAGAAUUGUUGAAAAAUUAAAGUCAAUUUUAAUUUUAAGGCCAAAAUAGCCAAACCGGAAAAAAAUGUUCUAGUAAGCUAUGCUUCCAGUUCGGCUACUUUCGCCUUAAAUAUUAAAUUCUCCUUAAAUUCACUUUUAAUUCCCUUCGAGAAUCUUGCCAGUUUGGCUAUUUUGACCGGUGGAACAGUCUGCCUACCGCCAUCAGACUCUGCCCUAGUCUUGAAUUGUUUAAGAAGUGCCUUAAAACCCAUCUCUUUAGGAAAGCUUAUGGCCUCCCAGAGUGACCUCUACCUCACAUACCUGUCUCUUGCUCUCUCCUAUAGGGCAGUGCUUUACUCUCUCCUUCAGCUCUGCUUCACUCCACCUUGUUUGAUUGCUACCUCCUGUCCUUAUGUGUUUUACACCCCACCUCCUAUAGACUGUAAGCUCGUUUGAGCAGGGUCCUCUUCAACUUAUCGUUCCUGUAAGUUUUCUUGUAAUUACCCUAUUUAUAGCUAAAUCCCAUCCUCUUAUUAUAUUGUAAAGAGCUACGGAAUCUGUUGGU